UUACCUCUUAAAAGAGUUGGGGGGAACAAUAGUUGAAAACCAGAGAAAUACAUGGCAUGUGAGAGGUACAUUAUCCUACAAGAGUUUUCAAAGCAGAGCAAGAUCCCAUAUAGAGGGAAAAUCUGAAAAGGCAUCAUAGAAAAGGUACAAUGUGAGUUCCCAUAACUAUAGCAUCUCAUGGCUGAAAGGUAUCCUAAAGGGUCAUUCUGUCUAGUUACUGACCCAUCCAUUACUUGCAGAUGUAUCUUGAACGACAGGUAGGGUUUGGAUGGUGGAAUUAAAAGGAGAGGGUGCUCCAGGGAAUAGCAUAAGGAAAGGCCAGUAGUAGAUGGGAUAACACAUAUUCUGGAAUCAGCAAAUUGUGCUGGUAGGUGUAGGGAAAUCAGUUUGGCAUGAUGGAUUGAACCAUAUUGUUGAGGGCCAAGAAUACUGCAGGAUAAGGUGAACAGAUCAGCAGGUAAAGGGGAAAUAGUAGGACUUUUUGGGGAAGGAAAUCAAUCAUCCAGAGCAAAGCUGUGCUGGAAGGUCACUCUGCCGAGUAGAGUAGCAAAACAAGGCUGUCAAUUAGGAGCACAGAUCAAUCAAUAGUCUCAAGGUGAGGGGUAGGGAGAUAAAAUGUGGAUGAGCGAGAUGUUGCUAAGAGAUCAACAGGACUUGGGAAUUGAGGGCUCAUGGAGGGACAGAGAAAGGAGUCAAACAAGAGUCCAAGACUUUCAGCCUGUACCAGUUAUAAGGAUGAAGGAAGUGACAAAUCAAGAGUCAAAAGCAGCUGAGGUAUAGGAAUGGGGUGUAAGAUACUGAGUUGGGUUUGAGCUAUAUUGACUUUGGAUUGCCAGUGGUGCCGCAGGCGGAGAUAUCCAGCCAGGCAAUUGGAAACCUGACGUAUUAGUAUGGAGGAGAGGGCAAGGACCAAAAUAAGACGCGGUAGUCACCUGAAUGUAAUCAUGAAGAGGGGUGAGUUGUCCUGGAAGGAGACAGGAACUUGAGUAUAGGCUGGUACAGAAACGGGAGAAAUGGUGUUACAAUCAAGAAGAGGUCGUCAUCUACCUCAUCUCAAGUAUUGAGUGGAAUCGGAUAAGGGCUGCGCAAAGGUUGGGACUGAGAAGAGGCCAAGAAAAGGCAACUGGGAAGUAAAGUAACUGGUGACAGUCUAGCAACUGUUGGGAAGCCGGUCAGAGCCGCAGUCAGACUGCGGAAUGAAUAGUGUGAAUACGAGGCAGCCGCGCGCGGUGGGAAGGUAGAAAGACUCGCCGCGAGGAGGUUGGAAGGACAUCGGGUCCUAGUGUCUGAGGACCUACAGGCUGCACGUCCCUCAGCAUCUAGAUUUCUGCUUCUUCACGUCACCACACGAGACACUGUACGUGGAGUGUUCACCUCAGAGACCGUCACUUAUGAGGGUGCCUAUUACUAUUUCUAGUAAUAAACUAGCUGUUUUCACGUAAGCGGAAGCCGAGGAGAGAGGUGGCCGGACACUGAGAUCCAUCUCCUCCCCCUUUCCCCUCUUCCUCUCCCCACCUCACUGGGACGAUAUGCGCAGGCGCGCAGGGAGGGUGAGGCUGUGCGGCCGGAAGUGGAGUCCGGAACGCUUUAGGGGAGGGACCUGCGGGGUAAACAGGUUCUAGGCCAACGCCUGUAGACGGUUUCCGAGCGUGGAGGCCACCAUGAACCGGCUCGGAGAUGACUAUGACCCCUACGCUGUUGAAGAGCCUAGCGACGAGGAGCCGGCUUUAAGCAGUUCUGAAGAUGAAGUGGAUGUGCUUCUACAUGGAACUCCUGAACAAAAACGAAAACUCAUCAGAGAAUGUCUUACUGGAGAAAGUGAAUCAUCUAGUGAAGAUGAAUUUGAAAAAGAAAUGGAAGCUGAAUUAAAUUCCACCAUAAAAACAAUGCAGGACAAGUUAUCCUCUCUGGAAAGAGGGUCUUCCUCAGGAAAUGGGAAUGUUGGAACAGCUCUGACAAAGUACUAUGAUGAUAUAUAUUUUGAUUCGGAUUCUGAGGACGAAGACAAAACGGCUACCAUGGAUUGGGAAGACAGAGGCCACGUCAGCAACAGCCUGUUCCGAGCAGUGAUGCUGUCUUGA